GUGUGUUUUUGCAUAUACAUUUUGAUGGUUUAGCAGGUCAGAUCAGCUGGUGAUGGUCACUAGCUGGUUUAACCAUUGAAGUUCCUGUAAAACUGAAAACAAAUCAAUGUCAUUGAGUGUGGAGUAAUAACAGCCUCAUGGGGGGGAAGUAUGAAAAGCAAAAUGCAUUAAUUAGUGAAGUCUACUGUCGUGUUUUAUGCACAAAUGCAUCAGGAUAAAUGCACAGCUCGAUAGACUGGUCACACUAGCAUGUCAAACCAUCAAAUACCAGCAAGAACUGGUUUAGGACCAUCUAAGACCAGCUGAAACAAACUAACACCAGCUACCAGCUUAAGGUGGUUUUUAGUUGGGGGUUUUUCAGUAUGGGCACUAGACCCAACUAGCAGUGUUUGGUUGUUAAAAUCUGAUAAUAUUACAAUGUCAUAUUUAAGUAAUUUUACCGUGGCAAGCUUUCUUUUAGUUCCCACAAUGUUCUUCUUAAAGUUACAGUUACAUUCUCUACAAACAUCGUCAAAUUGUUUUGGGUUUUUGUCUUUUGUUUUUGUAAACACAUCUUAUUUCAGGCCUCAUUAACAUCCUAAAAACAUUUUCUGAAUGUUGCUUUGAAAAUUUUAUUCCAUGUAUCUCAUGUGACAUUGUGGGAACGUUUUAUAAAAGAACAUUCUGUGAGCUGUCACACCCGGUGGGCCUCUUCGCCAUCUGUGCCCAGAGUACGCUCUACACUCUGAGAGUGAGGUGCAAAUGUCCAGUAGCGCUCCUAAUGAUUUGUCCAGUUACAAAAAUAAAACAUCAAUACCUGGUGACAGGUGUUAUUGUGAUGGGCAGUGACAAACGAAUUUGUGGGAAACCCAAUAAAUUGAAAUUGCAGUUGUGAGAUGUUAUAUUUUGCGAUGUGCUUUGCCUGUCUGCUGGUGCCAAUCUCAACUGUGUCCACCAAAGAUGAGCAUGAAAAGGAAAUAAAAGGUUUGUGCCUGUUCUGGGUGUUUGCUCAUAACAGCAGUGAUAUUGUCUUGUCCUUUUAUCUUUGCUUUGUUACGUCUCCCUCCUCUGUUGUCUCUUGCUAGUGAAGACCUGGAAUGAUUGUGUGCCUGACAGCCUCUGAUUGGACAACUCCAGACAAGACCUUCCAGAUGAUGGAUCCAUCCAAGAAGCUGAAGUCCGGUCCCAUUCGUUAAACCUCUUUCUUUGUUUUUCUAAUUUUUCAGCUUUGCAUUUCUGUUGGAGCGUUGUGCCCCUUCUCCUGCUCCAGGGCCCCUGACGAGCCCCCUACUUGGAGGGCCUCCAGGGGGCUCGCUUCUGAUUGGCUGGCAAGCUGACUCCUUGUGGUUUGCUCAGUUGAAAUUCCAGCUAGCAUUGACACAGUUUAACAAAUGUCUUGCUGUUGGCAGCCAAGCCGUGACAUUGACAGCCGUUUCAAGCGUAUCUCCACGUUACAUCUUACAUCCAUGACACCCUCCAUCCCAACUGCUUAAGCAAUCAAUCUCCUUAACCUUCUGAAGAUUGUAAACACCAUGUCCCAUCCCCCGUAUAACCCCUAUGCCUCUGGGAACCAAAGCUCCACCCAGGGGCAGUAUGGACUCUCGAGUACAGAGGUGGAGAUGGACCCUUGGAGGGCAUCUUCUCACCUUGGACCUGGGCCAAGUGUCAGCUCUUCCGGAGCUUCUGAGACUCCUGCCAACUCCCGGGGAAUGCUCCCGUCGCUGCUGUCUCAGGCUUUGAAUUACAGAUCUGAACAGAGAAAAGCUGCAAGAGACGACAAUAAAGAGAGGUCUCAAGACAUGCAUAUUACCAGAGAAGAGGCGAGAGUUCCUGGCGACCAGAUGCAUCAGCCCAUGGACCAGGGCACUCACUUUACCAGCGCUCAAAGUGAUGGCUUUAUUCCUUUAGGCACUGGGACGGCUUCCUACCCAAUGUCCUCUACCUCUUCCUCUCUAGGAUAUGGACAGUCAGGCUUUGAAAGUAGCCCUAGCUCCCUGGAGUGGUUAUCGAACUACAAAGUGCCCACUGCGGAUGACCCCUCUAAAUUUUAUUCAUCAUCUGCUUCAUCAAAAUAUGUGGGUGGUGGUGAUGGUAGGUUUGAUACAUCCAGUGAAAGAGAACAUAGCAUUCAGGCCAUUCCAGGACUGAGUAAUUUUGACUAUCCAGUGCCCGACAAACCUGCGGCCCCUACAGAGUCCGGUCGACCCAAGUACACCUCUGAAUCAGCGUCGAACAUCCUUCAGCGCUUUGGGCUUGAUAAAGAGGACUUGGAACAUCUUGUCUCUUUUCCUGAAGACCAGAUCACGCCUACUAACCUGCCGUUCAUCUUGCGGCAAAUACGCAUGGAGAAGGCCAAGAGAGCUACAACUGCAGUCCAGUCAGAACCCUGCCUAAAACCCCAACACACCAGAAGUGUGAGUGAAAUGGAGAGUCACCAUUUUAGUAGUUCUGGAGGGGCAGGGAUUCAUCAGGAGGUAAUGUCAUCUGCUGUUUUCCAGCCAAGUAAAGUGAUUGACUAUGGACAUACUAGCAAAUAUACUGGAGAGCUUGGGGAUGACAUUGGAAGGAGCAGUGCCAGUCAAGCCCACAGCGGUGGGAGUGGAAGUAUGUUGCAGACAGACAUUUUUCAUAGUAGCAGACACAACCGAGAACCACUGCAAAAGAAUGCAGCAGAGGUGAAAAGCAGUGCAUUUGGCUCUUCGUAUGACCAGAUGAGUUCUGUUUCCAGUCUCAGCUCUCCGUACAGUGCAAGGCUGAAUUCUGUGGCUCCUCCAAGCAAAGAUCAGACCAAACGAUUGCAGACCCAGCUGAACCAGACUUCCCAUACAAUCCCAAGCUCCUUUUGUCUUCCAAAGAAAGACACAGACAUCAGAGUUUUCAAGUCUGAAGCCCCCAAACCUGCUCCUUUGAAAGAACCAGAGGCAGAUCGCCAAUUAACAUCAAAAUCCCAACCACCCUCCACUUCAUAUUGUGUUGGGCAUCCCAGCCGACCUGGCAUUGUGCUCUUUGAUAGUAAUAACAAAAAAGGCAUUAAGGAUCAGAAGAAAACUCAAGGACAAGAGCCAACAGUUGCUGAGCAGAUGAAAAAGCAGCAGACACAGCAGCAACCAGCGCAGCAACAGUUGAAGCAGCAAACAGCGCAGCAGAAGGCGAAGCAGCCAAUACAGCAAAUGCAGCAGCAGUCAAAGCAGCAAGCACACAACCAGCCUGUGCAGCAGAAGGCAAAGCAGCUGAUAAAGCAGAUGCAGCAACAAUCAAAGCAGGAGGCAAAGAACCAGCCAGUAUCGCAAACCGGGCAAGCUGCGUGGCCUCCAAUUAUUUCUACUGCAAAAUCAGUUCCCUAUGCCUCUCACCCCCCCAGUGUCAUUGAUGCCACACAUCAUUCAGUGUUUAUCCCUGGUGGUCCUCAGCACAUCGUUAUUCCCCCAGCUGUGCCUCAGCCACUCCUGAGCCUGAUGAAUCUCAUUCCUCCAACGCUGACAUCUCCCAGCAGAAAGCCUCCGGCAAAGACGGCAGUCUCCAAGGCUUUGCCCACGUUGGUUAUGAUGCAUGACUAUGCAGCGACCACGCCGAAAAUCUUUCCGCAUAGCUGUUCUUUGUGUAACAGAGAAUGUACUGCAAUGAAGGAUUGGAUCUCCCAUCAGAACACCACCCUUCACCUUGAGAACUGCAAAUUCCUCCGUACCCAAUACCCAGACUGGGAUGGUGGGAUAGCGCUUGGGCCCAGUGCUGCAGGCAAAGAUGACCAGAAAUUACGGCGUGGAAGUACCUCCCGUUCCCGCUCAACCAGCCCUCGUCGCCGUCAUGGCUCAAAGGGUAGAAGGGAGAAAAGCAGGAGCUGCUCACGUUCGCCGCACAGCUCCAGAUACUCUCGCAGGUCCUGGUCUCGUUCCCGUUCCCCACGGUAUGACCGCCCUACCACUUCCCGAUAUCGAUCACAUUCAAGGAGCCCUAAGAGGCGAUCAGACAGGAAACGGUCCUCAUCAAGGAGGAGAGACCAAAGACGAUCAUCUCCAAGGAGGAGCCGUGAGAGACGAUCAUCAUCAAGGGGGAGUUAUCAAAGAAGGGGUGACGAGAGACCAUCGCCAUCACGGAGCAGUGAUGAGAGAAAAUCCUCACCGAAGAGGAGAGAUCAGAGAAGAUCCCCGCAACGGAAGAGUAACAAAAGACGAUCGUCUUCAAGGAGUAGCGAUCGGAAACGAUCGCCAUCAAGUAGCAGUGAUGACAGACGAUCGCAGUUGAAGACGAGUGAUAAGAGACGAUCUCCACAACGGAAGAAGUUGAGCAGUGCAGAGAGCCUGGCUAAGAAACUAUUGGAAACACCAGCUGUUCAGUCUCUAUCAGAAGAGUCUGACUUGGACUCUGUGGUUAAGACUCUGGCUCCUGCCUUGAUAGCCGAGCUAGCCAAGAUCAAGUCUUCACCAUCGUCCUCCUCUACACCAAAGGGGGAUUUGACUCCAAAGCCCUCUAAAGUAAAGUCCAGCCCGCAGAGGGUUGAGGCAACUUCCUCCACAAAGAUUAAGUCUGGUAAAUCUUCAGCUCCAACCAUCGUGAAACUAAUAGGGAUUUACAGAAAUAUCGCUCACAGUGAUGUGAUCUCUGCUAUGGAGCACUUCGGAAAAACCAAAUCAGUUGUACUGUUUCGGUCUAGACUUGAGGCAGUUGUGUGUUUCGAGAAAGAGGAAGACGCAAAGAAGCUGAAGAGCUUGAAGAGCAUCGUUAUGAAAGGAACGCCAGUCAUUGUUGCCAGAGAUAAGGAAACAUCUCCCAGGGAGCAAAAGACACCUCACAGAAAACCUUCCUCAUCCAGUGUCUCCUCACCUCAAACCACGACUGGAGCCAAAAAGGAUACAAAAGAUAAACUUACUGAUCAGGAAAGUGCAGCCAAAGGCUCAGUUAAAGGCCCGUCAACUACCAUCGAAGCAAAAAAUGUCUCAACCAAGCAGACUACAGAAAUGGUAAAAACAGAAAAGGAUCCGAAAGGAGUUGUUGGAAAGCAAGAAACAUCAACAGGAGACAAGUCCACGGUUUCAGAAAAUCAGUCUGAUGUAAAAGACUCCAAGCUGAAGGAAACCGAGGUUGCUGAAGCUCAGCUUAAAGCAGAACUUAGAAAAGCAAAUGACCCCAAAGAUACUGAACCAAUGGAGAUUGGGGACAUUAAAGUUGAAGUGGCAGAGCCCACGGACUUUGGAAGUUGUGCUGAGGGCGAAGGGGAAAAACAGACAACUACAAAGGCUGAACCAGAAAACUCAGCAGACAAAUCCAGCGAGAGUCGACCACCAGACAGUACGGAUGAGACCGGGCCAACAGAAAAUGCUGUCAAAGCUUUACCACAAAGCAUCCUGUCCGAACCAGAGUCCACUGCACAAGGACCAGAGACCAAGACGGAGGCUUCACACACCCAGCAACAGGCUGCAGGAAGCUCGACCGAAGCUGCUUUGGAGGCAAACUUGGCAGAUCCUGUGACACAAACGGAUGCAACAUCAGCCGAGGACACCAGCGCAGUUACCAAUCCAACUAUUGGAGAGAUGUUAGAAAAGCACUUGUUUCAAUCCAAAAUAUCAUGCCUCAAGAUGAAAACCUGCAUUUCGCCAAAAUUUCUGUCGCUUACUCAGAAGGAGCAUCGCCUGAAGCAGCUGUUAAUAACCAACCUGCCGGAGUACAAAAACGGCUGCUACACAGAGGACGACGUUGCCAAACUCCUCGUGCCGUUUGGGUUUCAGUAUGCAGAUGACAACAUCCAUGUUGUUCCUCAGACGGGCAUGGCCUUCAUCUUGAUGCAGAAAGUGGAGGAUGUUCCCAAAACAUUAAAAGCUUUUAACAGAAGGAAGGGCAUCACUUUUAAAACAUCUAAACCCCGUUGCCACGCAGUAGCCAACGGCAUUACAAUGACACCGCUUGGGUUUUACAAGUCGCUGAUGAAGCUGAUACAUUUUCCUGUGGUCGACGAUGGAUCGAAAACAGUCUUCGUCAAGAACAUUUCAUGGAGCGAAGCCGAGGAGCUCAGAGAGUCUUUGAGAAAAAUCACCCAAGAACCCGUGAAGAACUACCUGCCUCUCCUCAACAAGGUGUUUAUAGAAUUUGAAUCUAUUCGGGAUGCUGAUCAAUUCGGAGUCUGGUACAGUCUCCUGAAACAAGGCCCUGGCCACGAAGUUCACAGGCUGAAUGUACUGAACAAACUAGAAGCUUCUGAGUCACCACUUGAGAGUCGCUUUCCACGGGCCAGCAUCGGACCAUUUUGGGUCACGAUGAGAACUCGUCCCUUCCUUUUCCCUACAGGCGAUCCUUGGUUCAACAUCCCAGAUUACCUGACAGUCAGAGAUCUGGACGACAUUGAGAAGGCCGGCGACCGUGGUUCCACGUUUUCCACAGUCAUGUACGGUUUGCCGGGAUUCGGACACUACAAGCACGAGGACGUGGCCAGGCUGGUGUGGCAGUAUUUCCCCGAACAGAGCUUUGAGUCCCUGUACUACAACGUGGUGGUGUUACCGCUGCAGAGGAGGGCCUUCGUGUUUUUCUCUGAUUGGGCGAAAUGCUGCGAUUUUGUCCGAGAUCACAUCACAAAUCCAGUUUCUGUCGAAGGCUGCCUCCUCAGUGUUCACUUUGUCUUGGAAGACAUGAAACCCGAAUGCAGUGAGGAGAUGAUGUACAAAACUCUGAUGAAGCUGAGCAACGCUGGAGAUCCAGAGCCAGAGUCUCUGGAGGAGCGGUUGCUGUGUGUGGUGAUUUCUGAGACGUCGCUGGACGUCAUCAGGGUGGUCAUAGAAAUGGUGGCCUCCAUCACGACCUUUGUUAGCUUUCUGCCGCUCGCCAACAGGAUAUGCAUCGAGAUGGCCGACUCCAGCGGCGUAACCAAGGUGGUGGAGAAUUACAACACUUUCUCACCGGACUCUUUUAAAAAGGGCGCAGCUUGGAGCAAAGUUAAACGUUUGGAGCCUUUGAAGAGCUUUAAACAGCAUCUACAAGAUUCCAGUGAGAUCACAGUCGUCUUUGGACCAAACACCAUCUAUUACAGACCCAAACCCCCGGCUGUCAGAGGUGAAACUCAGCCUCCUCCUUCUGAACUAUCGGAUAAUGAGUCAAAGCCUGCUCUGCAAACCAGUGGCCCUGGUGGAUCCACCAUGUCCAAGUCCAUCACAGCAGGACCAAGUGCUACUGUUGCAAGUCCUUCGUCCUUCAUUGACAAAGCAAUGAAGGACGACAAUGAAAAACCAGGAACUGAGAUCACCAUGGACUCCACUGUUGCCCGUCAGGCAAAUAAAGAUAUAGAGAAAGCAGAAGUUAAGGUGAAAGAGGGCUCAGCAGCAACUUUGAUCUCGACUGCUGAUGUGACUUCUACCUCUGUAGUCAGCAAUGCAAACACAGUCCCAACCGCUUCCAGUUCUGCCCCCUCAGCCACGGUAACUACGCCAGAAGAAAACUUUGCAGCAACAGUUCACAACUACAGCCUCACCCAGGGGAGCAGGUCCCAGAGUGAGGACAAGGAGGAUCCGGAUGAUGUUAAAGAUAACACUGUUUCUUCAGACGCUGGUGUCUUUGAUGAGAAAGAUUUCAACAUGGAUGACUUUGUGACUGUUGACGAAGUUAGUGAUGAAGUGGGAGACAAAAGCCCUGAACACCAAUCAUCCUCCUCAUCCAAGCAGUCCUCUAGAGCCAGAAGAGGGAGGCAGAGCUCUGGUGCAUUGACGACUGGCAAACGGAUCUCAACGAGAUCUGUAAAAGAAUCCAAGAGCUCUUCCUCAUCCCCCUCAUCCAGUUCGACAAAAGGUGCAAACUCUUCCAGCUCUGUUCCACCAAAACAGUCCAAGGACUCAUCUGAGCUCAGCAAAUCCCCAACAAAACCCUCCCCUCCACAAUCCUCUGAAACCUGUUCUUCCCCUAGUCAGAAAACACUAAUCAGCAAGACAAGACCUCCAGCCAAAGCCUCUAAUACCUCAUCCUCCGGUCGUAGUACCCGCUCAUCCUCAGCUGCGUGCGUAACAGAAAAGAUAACAUCAGCAUCAAGUGUUAAGGCAUCAAUGGAGACAUGUUCGGAGAGUGCAGUGACAAAGUCUGACCAAAAAGUGUCAGCGGAUGGCCUUAAUGCAAAAACUGUUGAGUCAGAGACACAAAAAGAAACAUCAUCAGAGAUGCAUCCGCCUCUGCAGGACCAUGGGUUCGAGUUAAGCCAAGCCAAGAGUCCAGCGAUUGAUGCUAAUGCCAUCAACACAAAAGACCAGAAGAAAUGCAAAGAGGAAGGGAACGUGGAUGACAAACCUACAGAGGUUAAGGAGGACAACAGCAAAAAAUAUCAAAUUCUCGAUUCACUUGAUGAUCAAACAGAUCAACAAAUGGAUGAUGUGGUCCAAGACAGCAGCUCUGAAGCGCAGCUAAGUGGACCCAAAGAAGGCCAGACUUUGCAUGAGGAAAUCUUUCAGGUCUUAGACAGUGUUGACAACCGCCAAGAUGAGUCCAGUGAAAAGAAAAUGGAUAGGUCAGUCCAAGUUUUACACCAAGCAGCCACAGGUCAAGGGGACAGUCAUCUGGUCCAAGAUGAUGGCUCAACAGAAAAGAAACUGUCAAAGAAAGAUAUAAUUUCGGCAGGUGACAAAUCUGAUUGGGAAGGUAAAAAUCAAGAGACAAAUAUUGUAGCUACAGAUUGUACGCAAGAACCGGUGCACAAGGGAGAUGGUAAGAGGAUAAAAGAGGAAGAGGUCAAAGGUGAAAUGCUUUCAGCCUCCAAAGAUGUGGAAAAUCCUGAAAGCCGAAUCCAACGGGAAGACCAGCUUCAUCAAGACCCUGACAACAAAGAUACUUUAAAAGACAAUGCCAGUGAUGCCCCUGAUCAAGAAACCUUUAAAAUAUUGGAUUCAAUUGAUGAUCAGACAGAAACAGAAGAUGUCAGUCAAAACCUCAAAAAAUCCAGUGACCAGAUAUCUAAAGAGGACAUAAAGGAAGACACAUGUCCAAUAAUUAACUCUGUGAAAGAUCAGCCAACAACUACAAAGACAGAGUCAGAGACCGACGGUGGAAAAAGAAACAUGAGAGGUGAGGCGAUGACUACAAAAGAUGAUAGUCUUUCAAAGAGGAGAGGCCGCACAACCACAGCACCAAAGAAACAGGACAGGACAGUCAAACAAUGUGAGACACGGACAAAAAUGGACACUACCACAGGAGAUUCUGAAAAAGACAAAGAGGUCACUGAGGAGAUGGUGUAUGAAAUAGUUGAUUAUAUUGAAGACAAACCGGUUCCAGAUGCUGCCAGCACAGAAAUGUCUGGUAGAAGAAGGAGUGCAAGAGGAAAGAAAGAAGAUAAAGUAACACUGAAUCUCACAGAAGUGCCUGAAAAACCAGAGGAGGUUACAUACAAGAUUUUAGACUCUGUGGAGGGCGAAACUGCCAGUGACGAACUCAUCAUUACAAGAAGAUCUACCAGAAGAAAAAGGGAACGAACACCUGAAAAAGAUGCUUCAGCUGAGAAAACCCAAAAAGUGGACACACCAACAAGGAGGAGGCACACUCCUGCCAGAGAAUCACAGGAACGAAACCAGGAAAAGACAUCAAAGAAAGAGGAGAAAACCUCUCCAAAGAAGAGCACUUCAUCAAAGAAGACUGACAAUACAAGUGAGAUAAGCGAGGAGGAUAUUGCCUCUGUGGAGAGAGAGGUUGUUAUGGACGAUCGGCCUACUGUAAGAAGAAAAGCACAUAGAGGAAGACCAAAGAAAGAUGUUAAAUCAACAAAAGAAGGCAGCACAACUUUCAAGGAGGGUGACGAGUCUGAAAAAGUCAGCGAUGAAGAGGAGAUUUAUCAGAUUCUUGAUUCUGUGGAGGAUGAGAUCAGUGAUGAUCAGCCCUCCACAGCACAUUCAAAAGAGAAAAUUUCAAAAAGCAAUGACCAGCAAGCAAAUGACAGAACAUCUGUUGUAGAAUUAACCAAACACGAGGAGGAGGAGGAGGAGGAGGAAGAGUAUCAGAUCAUAGAUUCCCUGGAAGAUGAUCAAGCUCAAGAAGAGCUAACUGCUGCAGAGGACAAGACUGAAGAUGAAACCCCUACGAAAGAAGAGGUAUCGACUGAAAAAGUACACACACCAACACGUGGCACCACAGGUGUGGAAGCAUCCGAAAAAGUGGACCUCAAGGAACAGACCCUGUGCCAGACAGUUGAUGAUUUAGAGAAAGCAAAUGAUGAUACAUCUAAAGCAGAAGCAUCUGCUAUAGAGUAUAAUCCAACAACACCUAAAUCAGACAUUAAGAAAGAGAAAAAAUCAACAGCCAAGGCCCAGAGUGACACUGCCACACCUGAAAGGGAAAAGAGGCAAAAAUCAACGGAAAAAGACGACACAGCGAGCGCUCCAGAGAUGCUUUACAAAGUGAGCAAGGUGGACAAGGCCCAAGAGGAAGAACUGAGGAAGCAACAGGCAGCCGAAAAAGAGAAGCCUUUUGUCAAAGUGCAAGAAUCAAGGAUGUCCGAGGACAGGGAGCAAAGUAUCCGGAGCAGCAGCAGUGGAGGAGAAGGCGGGAGAGGGACAAGGAGGGAAAAGGAGAAGACAGUGGAGCUAGAUGUUAAGGAGCUGGUGACUCUAGAUGAGGUGGGAGCAGAUGAGGCGGCGGAGGAUAGGGCACCCGAGAGCCGAGAGUGGGAUAGCGAGAUCACAGAGGGCGAACUGCAGGAACUUGUUACUUUAGAUGAGUUCAAAGAAGAAGAGGAGGCUGGGAAGACGGAGCAAAGCACUGUUGAGACCUGUCCACCCAGCCAGAAGGACGAAUCAGUCUUCUUUAAUCCAGAGACUUUGGUGGCUUUAGAUGAAGCUAUCGAUGAUGAGGAAGAGAAGCCAGAUGAAGAGCAAACUGAGAGAACAUCAAGAUCUGCCAAACGCAAACGUGAUGACGACACAGUUUCAGAUGGAAGUAUAAACUUUGUGACGGUCGACAAAGUAGGGGAGGUGGAAGAGGAGGAGGAAAUGGAAGCUGUAAAAACCAGGACAAGAGGACGAGCUAAGAGGACAGCCAGACAGACCCCUGUGAGAAAAUCUGUCAGAGGAAAAACAGCCGCUGCAAAAAACGAGGGAGACGAAGAAAAUGAACAACCUGGCGCUUCACUCGAUGUCUCCUUGUCACUGGACAAAGAUUCGUCCAAGUUGUCAAGACACAACCAGCUGGAGAUCCAGAAGACAGAGAUGGAGGAGGCAGCAGCGAGCCAAACCAACAUCAAUGCCGCCUCCACUGGGAAAGAGCCGGAAAACUCUGAGAACCAGACACCAGAAGGACAUAUGGAGGAAGGGUGGAGCACGGCAGAAACCAAAGGUGUGAGUAAACGCAGGAAAGAGCCUGCCGGACCUGAAGCAAAGCGAUCUCGUUCUCAGUCUCCUUCUGUCGCUUCUGACGUCAAAUUGCCGCCAUUCAAACCCAACAACCCUCUUGGUCAGGAGUUUAUGGUUCCCAAAUUAGGGUAUUUCUGUAGUGUCUGCUCUGUUUUCUGCCCGCACGAGAGCAUCGCCAAGGACCUCCACUGCAGCAGCCGGGAACAUUACGAAAACCUGCAGAAAUAUUACCAGAAGCUUAAACAGAAAACAUCACGAAGUACCACAAAAAGUUCUCAAGGUUCCGUUUCUGAUUGAUCCGGACUCCAACUACUGAUUUUAUCUGCUCAAAAAAAUGUGCAAAACCACUGUAGAGGGGCUUAGUCCACAAAUCAGUGUGUAUAUUAAGUCAUGUUUGUUGUAAAUAAUUCCUGUGUGGCACAAUUUUUCAUAUAAAUAUGUAAAUUAUACCGUAAUAGCUUAGCUUGUAUUGCCCCUUUGGGAUUCUAACUCCCUCCAACGGUACAGCUGUGGUUGUUUAAAAUUGAAUAAAUAAAGUCUAGAUAAUUUGAUUCUAAUUUGAUCUUGCACAAGAUGUAACAGUCAGUAAGUGUUCACGGCUUUCACUGUUAAAUCAGACGUCUCGGUGUCUUUUUCUGUUUGAUAAACAUUAGAAAGCAAAAGGAGUAUCAUUCAGUAUUUCGAUGACAGUAAGAAGACAGUGUCUUAUUCUUUCUAGAUUUGGAGAAUGUUUUUUUCUUGUAAAAUUUAUGUAACUGUCAAAAUAUAUAAAAAUGUGAAAGAUCAUGUCGUGGGGUGUUUUUGUUUUUCUCUGCUUUUGAAAAUGUAUCUGAAAAUGGUGUGAAAUGCCAUUGUAGGUUGUGUCUCUGUGGGCGCCAUUUCUUGAAUAAGGAAAUUAAAUGAGCACAAAC